AUGAAGCAAAAGAUCCUGAUACGAAUUUCUAUGACCGAUGAUAAAACCAGAGCAAAAGCAAUGCAAACUGCGGUUCAAUUUAAAGGCGUGUCAGGUGCGGAAAUCAAAGGAGAUCACAGGAACCAAAUUGAAGUGACCGGUGUUGAAGUCGAUAUGAUCUGCCUAACCAACAUGCUGAGAAAAAAGGUAGCCUUUGCCGAGCUUGUAAGCGUUAACAAAGUCGAACCACCGAAACCUGAUGGAGAGAAGAAACCAGAGGAGAAGAAACCAGACGAGAAGAAACCAGAGGAGGAGAAAAAGCCAGAGCCAUGUCAUCCACCAUGGCCUUACUAUGGAUACGGUGUUCCAUCUUCCUAUCAACACCCGUGUGAUCCCUACGGGUACACCGGUAGAGAUUAUUCCGGUAGAGGGGAUUAUACCGGAGAACCAGUCUACAAUCAGGAACCCAAUUGCAGGAUCAUGUGA